CUGUCGGCUGGCUACAAGCUGAGCCGUGGGUCUUUUUUUCUUCUCUGGAGCUUCAAGAGUCAAUUUAAGGAGAUGCCUUCUUCAUUUUCUCUUCUACAUUUGCUGUCGGGGCCUGGUCUGGCUCUUAGGCAGAGGCUGGAAUGGAGGAGGGCGGUGCCCCAGGGUCCUCAGGAUCUUCAGGAGCCUGUGUUCUCCACCCCAAAGGUCCAGCUUGGCUUUCUGGCCAUUCAGACCCAUUCUGACUCCUCUUUUAGAAGGCAGGUCUUUGAAGCACCUGGGUGUCUCAGAGUAUCCGACUCUUGAUGUUGGCUCAGGUCACGAUCCCAGGGUCAUGGGAUCAAGCCUCGUGUUGGGCUCUGUGCUGGGUGUGGCGCCUGCUUGGGAUUUUCUCCCUCUCUCUCUGUCCCUCCCUCACUUGCUCUCUCUCUCUCUCUCUCAAAAUAAACUUUAAAAAAUGUUUAAAAAGAAAGAAAGAAAAAAAGCAAGCAGGCAACCAACCAAGCAUGUCUUUGGUUUGCACGUAAAUCCUCUCUCUGGCCUGAACAGCCUUGAACGUCCAUCUUUAAGCUUUGUGGCUCAGGAGCUCAAAACCCUUCUCUGGUGGGGUCAUCCUUCUGGGACCGUGUUCUUUCGAGAGCAGCCUCUUCUCCUAUCUGCCUGGACUGUAGAUUUGAGGAGUCCGCAGCCCAAGGAAGGAGGCUGGACAGGGAGGUCAUGGUCCAGAACGGCUGCCUGAAUAAGCAGCCAUGGGGGUGGGGCUCUGUUCUGGGAAAAUCUGAACACCCAGGGGCAGUGCAGGACCUGGCAGCUGGGGGCUCCAGUGGAGAACACUAGUGUGGAGAGGGGUAGCUCCCCUCCCACCCUCUGCUGGAUGCUGCUUGUAUUUGAGUAGCCCAAGGUCAUGUUCAUUUUGGUAGCCAUAAGAUGUGGUAUCUGAAGUUCCCUUUGAGUCCCUACAGUCUAUUUUUCUGAGUUCUGUUGGGAUAGUGCGCUCAGGACUCCUUUGGGUAAAGGAAGAGGGAAGGGUAUCACCUCUAGUCUGGAUUUGGGUGCUAUUUUUUUCUUUUAAUGAGCAAUUGUUUUUCCUUGUUUCGUGGACAAUUUCAAAUAUCUGUAAAAGCAGAUGCCCACUCCCGUCUCAAUUGUCUUGAGGCCAAUUCCAGACGUUGUCUCGUACGUGAAUACUUGUUAACGUGUAUUCUAAGAGAUGAAGAUUUAAGGCCUUUUUCUGAAGGCCGAGUUGAUGGAUGGCACCGCUGUGGUUUCCCACCCCUCGGUGGGCAGGUGCUGCCUGCCUGGUUCGGCCCAUGCAACAGCCCAUCCUUCCUGUUACCUCCUCUGGAUUCUGCUCUGGUCUGCCCCAUCCCUUGCGGUGGACUUUUCUCCAACAGCCAGAGAGCUUUGGAUGGGGUAGGAACCAGGUCCCCCUCAUCCUGUCCUCCCUCCCAGGGCGUGCUAGGCCUGGCACAUGGUAGGUAUCUGUGCGCUAAUAACCCGCGCCACAGCUCUGCCUCAGCUCACCAAGAGCGAAGGCCCUGGGCAGGGCCAAGCCUUGGUGUGAUGCUGUGCCCUCCUCAACAGGGUCCUGGGGGAGGCUGUUCAGCCCUUCCCCCCCACAUUGGCAGAAGUGACGCUGGGCAUCGGCUCUGGCCGCAGGGUCAUCCUGCGCAGCUACCAGGAGGACGAGGCAGGACUGUCAAAGCCAUGGUGACGGAGAUGAGCAUCGGGGAGGAGGACUUCCAGCAGCUGCAGGCCCGGGAAGGGGUGGCCAUCACUUUCUGCCUCAAGGAAUUCCGGGGACUCCUGACUUUCGCAGAGUCCGCAAACUUGUCUCUUAGCAUUCACUUCGAUGUGCCAGGCAGGCCAGCCAUCUUUGCCAUCAAGGACUCCCUGCUGGACGGACACUUCGUCCUGGCCACAAUGUCCGAGUCGGACCUGCGCUCCCCAGAGCGACACAGGCUGGCGCCUCCGCUCCAGGCUGACAGCACACCCCACCUGGAUGACUUUGCCAAUGACGACAUUGACUCUUACAUGAUCGCCAUGGAAACUACUGCAGACAUCGAGGGCUCCCGGGCAGUACCCUCUAUGUCCUUUUCACCUGGCCACCAGCCCCCUUCUAGCCCUGGCCCCUACUCAGAGGACAACGACACAGAGCCCAGUAUAGAGCCUGGGACUCCCCCCCCCAAGAAGUUCCGCUCGCUGUUCUUUGGCUCCGUCCUCGCCCCUGCACGCUCCCCUCCCGGCCCCAGCCCUGUGCUGGCUGAAGAUAGUGAGGGUGAAGGCUGAACUGAGAACAAGGCCAUGUCCAGAGGCCCUGGACUAGACGAAGCCACGGCCUCCCCCUUCCCCCAGAGGGCUGAUCUCUGCCCUGGUGGGUGGUAAAGGCGGGCUGUGCUGGAGUGGAGCUGGUUGGUCUUGUCCCCACCUCAGACCCCUCCCAGCUGUCUGUGACUAGCCUGGGUCCUGUCUUCUCUCACCAACUCCCAACCAAUCAUGUCUGUUCCCAGGUUUGGCACUGAGCUGCCACCUGAUGGGAGGUCCCUCACCUGUUCCUCCCCGUAGGCCUUCAGGCCAGACUCCUAACUACGUAGCCAGGGUGGACACCUGCCUUCCCUAAGACAAAAGUCACAAAGGGGCUCUUGGCCCCUGCUACUCUCCCGGCUUUGCCAACCAUGACGUGUCCCUUCCUUAAAACCCUGGGCACGCCCCUGGGAUCCCUUGAGCCGGCAGACUAUUUUUCUUGUUUUCUCUAUGCUGUCUGGCCCUGGUUUGGAAUUCUAAGCCCCUGUGGACCCGAGCCUGUGGCUGGGGUUGCCUUGGCUGGCGCCCCAUGCCCAGCAAGCCUGUCCUCCCAAGCGGCUCUGGGCAGAAGGGCUGCCAGGCUCAGUAUUUGGGACAAGGGAGACAGAGGCCGUGGCGAGAAUCCAGCUUUGACCUUUAUUCAAGAGACCAGAUGGGUCGCCCCAGGAUCUGUCUGCUGGCCCUGAGGCCAAGCGAGGCUGGAAACCCACAUCUGGCCCUGCUUUGCCCUGAGCUGCAGCCUCAGCCCCAGGGUCCUGCUUGUCACCACCGCCGGUGCAGGCGGAAGGAGCCCUGGGGGACUGGACGCUGCUAUCGAUUCAUUAAAAAAAAAGAAAAAGAAAAA